UUUUUGUCGAUAGUAAAGAUUGAUUUUUUUCGGUUGGCCCUAAAACUAUUCAAAAGUAAAGAACGGAGAUGGUAUAAAUUUAGGUACAAGAAUCAAAGCGUGUUUGGCUUUCCCUCCUUUCCUUCAUUGUCAUUGAUCUCUAACCCUGCUGAAGUGCUGAUAGUAUCAAGUCCUCUCUCUAUCAAGAACGUUGCCAUUAACUUUUUGUGAAAGCUCCAGAAGAAGAUGGAACCCUCAGCUUUGGGCACAUAUUGUAUUAGGGGUUGAAACAGAGUAUAAAAAUCCAAACUUGGGGGAUAAAAGCACUUGCCCCAUAAUUAAUCAAUGACCUGGAGUUUCAUAGCCCUACCGCAAGCUGGCCUAUAUUGUCCGUGCACUCCGCUGUCCUUUUCCAGAAUCUCAAGCCACUGAGCAAAAGAAGGGAAGAAAUGGAAAACUAUGAAGUCAUGGGGCAGAUAGGAAAAGGUUCUUUUGGUUCUGCACUGCUUGUGAGGCACAAACAAGAAAAUAAGAAGUAUGUGUUGAAGAAAAUACGUCUUGCUCGUCAGACCGAAAGAAACCGCAGAUCUGCCCACUUGGAGAUGGAGCUGAUUGCCAGAGCGAGAAAUCCAUAUAUUGUUGAGUACAAAGAUUCUUGGGUGGAAAAGGGCUGCUAUGUCUGCAUCGUGAUAGGGUAUUGUGAAGGCGGAGAUGUGGGAGAUGCCAUCAAAAGAGCAAAUGGAACUCUUUUCUCUGAAGAGAAGCUUUGUCAAUGGCUGGUUCAAUUGUUGGUGGCUCUUGAUUACUUGCAUUCAAACCGUAUUCUUCAUCGUGAUGUCAAGUGCUCAAAUAUAUUUCUGACCAAGGAUCACAAUAUACGUUUAGGUGAUUUUGGUCUAGCAAAGGUUCUCUUUUCUGGGGAUCUUACUACUUCUGUGGUAGGCACUCCAAGUUACAUGUGCCCCGAGCUUCUUGCAGAUAUACCUUAUGGUUCCAAAUCAGACAUUUGGUCUUUGGGCUGCUGCAUGUAUGAAAUGACUGCUCACCGCCCUGCCUUCAAAGCUUUUGAUAUGCAAGGUCUGAUUAGUAAAAUAAAUAAAUGUAUAGUUGCUCCAUUGCCAACAAUUUAUUCUGGAGCACUUCGGGGGCUGAUUAAGAGUAUGCUGAGACGAAAUCCUGAACUCAGACCAAGUGCUGCAAGUUUACUGAAGCACUCACAUCUUCAGCCAUAUGUCAUGAAGAUGAGUGUGAUUUUGGACAGCCCUGGACGCCAUACUCUCCCGGCCCAGUCCAAUGAUCUCAAGUAUGCGAAGAAAACAAGAGGCGUGGAGGGGUCAGAAACUGUUCAUUUGCAUACUAAUGGAGGGAGGAGGAGAUCAUUUUGCAGUAACAGGGCCUUGAAUCCUAGUAUUUCUGGAACUGAAUUGGACAGCCACCCAUUAUCUCAAGAUCUUAUGAGUUCUUCGGGUAUAAAUAGAUCUGAGCCGUCAGUUGGGAGUAAUGUCCCUGAUGCAAGUGUUAAAAAGACCACUGUCUCAAAGUUAUCAACUGCCAUCAAUACUGCAAGAUCAAGUUCCUAUAAAACCUCAGCUCCUACUAUUAGGAGACAGUCAACUCCAUUAAAGAUAUCCAAUCCUGGUUUGACCCGUGAAUUGCAUCCAGUGGCAGUUAGCAAACCGUCCCCAUCAAAACGAAGAGCAUCUCUGCCAUUGCCGUCAAAAACUCCAAAGGUGGCCCCACCUCGCAAUCCAGCCAAUGGUCAACUAAACGGUCUCGAGUCUCAAGAUGUUUCCAUGAACGCUCCAAGAAUUAACAAAAUGGUGGACUUUCGUUCACCUUCCUCCCCAAGCUGUGACUCCUCAGUGACUAAAGACAAGUGUACAGUCCAACAGAAACUGGAUGACAACACUACUCGUGAAAUUCGACAAGACGAAAGUGAAGGUUCGUCUUACAAUCCACGCAGGUUUGAUACCUCUUCAUACAAGCAACGGGCUGAAGCUCUGGAAGGGUUGCUGGAGUUUAGUGCACAGCUGUUACAGCAAGAGCGGAUCGAUGAGCUGUGGGUUCUGCUUAAGCCUUUUGGACCGGAAAAUGUUUCUCCCAGGGAAACCGCAAUUUGGCUCACAAAGAGUAUCAUGGAGAAUGCAGCUUAAUUAAACUUCUGUUUUACAAGUGGAGUGCAUGAAUUACUUGUUCAUGCAAAUCUAGCGGAGAAGCAAAAUUUUGUUGUGUUCCUCUAUGGGGUUUUGAUUUUGUCAAUUAUACGGGCUGCAGCCCAAACUUUACACCGGUCCAAUUCUAAAAUGGCAAAACUAACAAUAUGUCGUACUCCCUAGAGAAGAGCUUCUUCUUGACUUAAAAUAGGGCUGCUAUUGUAUCGAGUUUUUUCGAACUAUUGAAGUUCGAGCUCGUUGAUUACUUGAAUCUAGUGAGAUGAGUUUAAUCUGCUUCAAACUCAAACACAAACCGGAUUUGAAGUUCAAAUACUAAUUUGAGAUGAACUUGAGCGCAGGAGUGUGUUGUUAUAAAGGCAAAGCGAGCAAUACAC